CUCACUCCUCCCAGAUGACGGGAGCGCGCAUUUGCUUUGACUCACUCAAGAUGGCAACUGGAGCAGAACACGGCUUGAAAAAGAUAGUUUGGCAAAGAAUCAAGGACACCAUCAUUGCCGACUGCAGAAAGUCAGAAGUAUGGAAGAUCCUCAUACUGGACCAGUUUACCACCCGCCUCCUCUCCUCCUGCUGCAAAAUGUCCGAUCUCAUGUCAGAGGGCAUCACAAUCGUGGAGGACAUUUACAAAAACAGAGAACCAGUUCCAGAGAUGAAGGCCGUCUACUUCAUGACCCCCACUGCCAAGUGUGUUGAUGCAUUUAUUAAUGACUUCAAAGAGACACCCAAAUACAGAGCUGCAUACGUCUUCUUCACUGACUACUGUCCUGAUGAGCUCUUCGACAAGAUGAAGAAGAACUGUGCCAAACACAUUAAAGUGUGUAAAGAGAUCAACAUCUCGUUUCUGCCACAGGAAGCACAAGUGUUCACCUGUGAUAACCCAGAGGCCUUCAAGAGCGUCUACAGUCCGAACAGUCAGGACAGAGAUCAGACGCUGGAGAGGAUCGCUGAUCAGAUCGUAACUCUCUGCGCCACGCUGGACGAGUACCCUGGAGUCAGAUACAAGAAAGAUUCAGCUCUCGUAUAUGGAAAGCAGUUGGCUGAACUUGUGGAUAAUAAACUGGCGCGACAUUACGAGUUGGAUGACAACUCGAAAAUAAAGGCAAAAACGCCGGCUCAGCUUCUGAUCGUUGAUCGUGCGCUGGACCCUGUCAGCCCCAUUCUUCACGAGCUCACCUACCAGGCCAUGGCUUUUGACCUCAUACCUAUGAAGGACAACGCCUACGAGUAUAAAACAAAGGAUGGCUCCAAGAAAGAAGCUUUACUGAAUGAAGAGGAUGAAUUAUGGGUCAAAUUACGUCACAUGCACAUUGCUGAGGUCACUGGGCAAAUCCCCAAACUGGUAAAGGACAUCUUUGCCGGCAGAAAUGAGAAGCAAUCGGCUGAUGGGAAGAUCACAAUCGGAGCGCUCUCGCAGCUCAUGAAGAAGAUGCCAGCCUUUCGUAAGCAGGUUACUCAGAAAACGGUCCACGUAAGUUUAGCCGAGGAUCUGAUGGGCCAUUAUCAGAAAUAUGUGGAAAAACUCUGCAAAGCGGAACAGGAUCUGGCUGUAGGUGCAGAUGCUGAAGGACAGAAGGUCAAGGACCCCAUGAGGACGUUACUUCCUGUGCUGUUAAACCAGUAUGACACCACUGACAAGAUCCGGGCCGUCCUUCUCUACAUCUUCAGUCUCAACGGUACAACAGAGGAGAAUCUGAAUAAACUGAUCCAGAAUGUGAAAAUCGAGCAUGAAACCGGGUAUAUCCUUAACUGGAAACAUCUGGGAGUUCCCAUUGUCUCCUCAUCAAGCAUGUUCUCAUCUCGUAAACAAGCACGGAGAGACCGGUCAGACCAGGAGACUUACAACGUUUCUCGCUGGACACCCGUCAUCAAAGAUGUAAUGGAGGAUGCAGUGGAGAACAAACUGGAGGUUAAAGACUGGCCGUUCCAGUCUGAGUGCCCGUCUGCGUGGAACGGCUCGCGUGCCGUAAGUGCGCGGCAGAAGCACAAGGGCAGCUCUCCGGAUGAUCUCAGGAGCGGCUCGCGCCUCAUCGUCUUCCUUCUGGGUGGAGUCAGUCCCUCAGAGAUGCGCUGUGCUUAUGAAGUCACGCAUGCUAAUAAAUCCUGCGAGGUCAUCAUCGGCUCGACACACAUCCUCACUCCGCGUGAUCUGCUGCAGGACAUCUUUAAUCUGGGCAAACAACCCAUGGAGAAAUUCACCGUUGAGGAGGACAAACCCUGAGCGCUGCCUAAUUUACCCACCAGGACUGAAGGGAAC